AUGCUUGAAAAGCCGAUGGUUGCCAAGACCAGUACCAACGGUCCAACUAUCUACCGAAGAAAGAUUCCCUUCCAGCCCUUCGAAACCUUUCCAGAACGGGUUCGAGCCGAGGCACUUGCUUCAGCUACCGCCGACAAAGCUAAUCCCAAAAAACGAGCUGUUAAGCGAUCACGACAACAUGAAGGCGACGAGGGACGCAAAGUGAAACGAAGAUCAUGA